AUGAGGGAGAUAGUUCAUAUACAGGCUGGUCAAUGUGGAAACCAGAUUGGCUCAAAAGUAACAUAAUUCGGCAACUUUCAUUUUUUUAGUUUUGGGAAGUCAUUUCGGACGAACACGGUAUUGACCCCACUGGGUCCUAUGUCGGUGAUUCUAAUCUACAACUGGAGCGCAUCAAUGUUUACUACAAUGAAGCGACAGGCGGUCGAUAUGUUCCUAGGGCAGUCCUCCUAGACUUGGAACCGGGAACAAUGGAUAGCGUUAGAGCUGGACCUUUCGGUCAAUUAUUCAGGCCAGAUAAUUUUGUAUUCGGUCAAAGUGGCGCAGGAAAUAAUUGGGCAAAAGGUCACUACACCGAAGGUGCCGAAUUAAUCGAUUCGGUGCUGGACGUAGUUCGCAAAGAAUCAGAAGCUUGUGAUUGUCUUCAAGGUUUCCAAUUGACUCACUCCCUUGGUGGUGGUACUGGUUCAGGAAUGGGCACGCUCUUGAUUUCGAAAAUCAGAGAGGAGUAUCCGGACCGAAUCAUGAGCACAUUCUCUGUUGUUCCAUCUCCCAAGGUGGGUAUAGAGUUCUACGAGUAUAUUCUGAAUCCAUAUUUUAGGUUUCAGAUACCGUUGUUGAACCCUAUAAUGCUACACUAUCAGUUCAUCAGCUUGUUGAAAAUACAGACGAAACUUAUUGCAUUGACAAUGAGGCUCUCUAUGACAUUUGCUUCAGAACACUCAAGCUCACGUCGCCCACAUAUGGGGACCUCAACCAUCUCGUCAGUGCAACAAUGUCUGGCGUCACCACUUGCCUUCGUUUUCCAGGCCAGCUAAACGCAGACCUCCGUAAACUGGCGGUUAAUAUGGUACCAUUUCCACGCCUCCAUUUCUUCAUGCCUGGAUUUGCCCCACUUACAAGUCGCGGCAGCCAACAGUAUUGUUCUUUGACGGUUCCCGAAUUGACCCUACAAAUGUUUGACGCAAAGAACAUGAUGGCAGCCUGUGAUCCACGCCACGGUCGGUAUCUGACUGUCGCUGCUAUUUUCCGCGGUCGCAUGUCAAUGAGGGAGGUUGAUGAACAGAUGAUGAACGUCCAAAACAAAAAUUCCAGCUACUUUGUGGAGUGGAUCCCGAAUAAUGUGAAGACUGCUGUUUGUGACAUCCCACCCCGCGGUCUUAAGAUGUCGUCCACCUUUAUUGGCAACAGCACGGCUAUCCAAGAGCUCUUCAAGCGCAUUGGGGAACAGUUUACGGCUAUGUUCCGCAGGAAGGCAUUUUUGCACUGGUACACUGGCGAGGGUAUGGAUGAGAUGGAGUUCACGGAGGCCGAGUCAAAUAUGAACGAUCUCAUCAGCGAAUAUCAACAAUAUCAGGAAGCGAGUGUUGAUGAGGAGGAUGUUGAAGAAUAUGAUGUGGCCGAACAGUAA